ACUGACGACUCCGAAACUUUGACUGCAAGGAGGUAAGUUAUUUUUUAAACGACCUUCUAGGUACAAACGAAGAAAAUGUGUAUUUCAUAUUGGAACCUGGAACCAAUUCACACACAACUAGAGUCUAUAGACACACUGGGCAGACGUGUUAUACCGUAAUUUAUAAAGUUGUAUAAAAAAAAAAUGAAAAUAAAUGUCGAAUAUUUAGGCCUGCCUACGUGUCAGGUAAUACUACGUGUUCGUUACAUAUUAUAUUAUCAAAGCAGAAGUGGAGCCAGGUUAUAAUAUUUCUUAUAUUAGGUUUUGGGGCUUGGGAAGGGGGUGGGGUAGAGAGCAAAAACUGGAAAGCAAUUAGUGUUUUGUUGAAUCACAUUUGUUUAAAAAAAUGAGCGCGCGCGCGUGUGUGUUGGUAUGUUUGUGUGUAUGUGUGUUGGUGUGUGUGCGUGUGGGGGGGGGGGGGGGGGCAAUGUUUGAAAAGAAAUUUUUUGUUAGCUACAUUUAUGUUUUGUCUUUUAUUUAUGCCGAUAAAUAUUUAUUUCAUGGAUUGAAAGUGUUGUAUUGCACAUUUUCGACUCUAGGUGUGUGGGGGGGGGGUGUGAGGUCAAUGUUUGAUAAGAAACUUUUUGUUAGCUACAUUUAUGUUUUGUCUUUUAUUUAUGCCGAUACAUAUUUAUUUCAUGGAUUGAAAGUGUUGUAUUGCACAGUUUCGACUCUUCGCCCUAUUUCACAACGCUCGAAAUUGCCCGACGGUAGAAUUUGGACUUCUUUUGAAUUAUUUUUUUAUAGCCUCUUCUAUUAAGUUUUGUUAAACCCUGAUCUAAGCCAAUGAUGCACCAGAACCAGGAGCAUUUUCUUGCCACUUGCUUGCUCUUUCUUUGUUUUUGGUUUUUGUUUCAUUGAGACAGUGCGCAUUUGACUUUUUGGCUGUGUGGAUAUUGCUUUGCGAUCAAUUUAUUUAAUACAUUUUGUCUAAUAAAAUUGAUUAAAAAAUCAAUUUAAAAAAAUCAGACAUUAUCUAUCUGCCCAAUGCAGGAUAUUGGCCACGAGCAAAGAUUAUAAUUUUUAUAAACUUCCCAACAUUAUAUAGACUAGUGAACGUAUUCAUUUUGUGUAGGAAAAUUCAAUCAUGGCAGUGUACAAAUUUAUUAUUCUGCUGCAGUUCGAUUUUUUAAAAUCCUUAAAUGUCUGAUCCUAAUUGUAUGGCUUAUCUUGCUUUAGGAAUAGCCGAGUCAAAUCGAUCUGUAAGACACAUGGACAUGGCGUCUUUAACUUUGACGUCUAAUUGUAUUUCUAUGGACACUGGUUAUUUUACAAUAUACUCGACGAUUUAUAAUUAUCCAAACCCAAUGUCAUUACUCCUACGAACAAUAAAAAAACUUGUAAAUUAAUUUUGUAAUUUGAUGAAAAGAAAUUAGUAUGUAUUUCAUUAAAAAUUACAACAAUACAAAAAGUGCGUCAGCCGGGAAUCGAACCCGGAUCGACUGCUUGGAAGGCAACCAUGCUAACCUUUACACCACCGACGCCCAUGUCAAUAAAGUUCACACUUUGAAAUUAUUCUUUUAACGUAACCAAACACCUCCCACCCCCCUUAAACUUUUACCUUUACUCGAGACUCGAGCCUACGAAUUCUUUGACUGCACAAAGUAACCUUGCACCCCCGCAAAAGUAACAAUGCUUUUUACAGGACUUCUAAUUUUUAAAUAAAAAUUGAAUUUAUAAAUACAACUUUAGUAGAACCUAGAAAAAUAAACCUAUACUAGUAGGGCUAGGCACUAGUGACAACAAGGCCAAGACGUCCAAGUCUCAAGCCAAAACUAAGACUAAGAGUAAGAGUAAGGACGGGUACGUUGGGACGGUUCCAUUCAGUUUAAAACUGAAUUUAUUUUAAAUAGAAUUAAUUUUAUCUCGAAAAGAGAGUCACUCGUAUUCAUUUUUAUUACAUGAAUAAUCAAAAUUUAAAAAAACCAUGGGAGAUAACUGUGUCUUUAACUUUCCCUAGAUUAACUAGAUACGCCACUGACACUACACUACUAUUAACUAAGACUAAGGCUAAGGCAUAACGGGCGAUCAGGAUCAGUGAUCAGCCGCUUCAUUGCUUCAUUAAAUUAGCCUUAUAUUAAGUUAUAGUAGGCCUACUUACACUUACAAAUUGUAAAACUUAUCCAGUAACUUAAUCUGCACUAUAAUAAAAUACUAUAACCAGGGGCGUCAGUUCAGAGGGAAAAAAAAAGGGGGGGGGGCUUCGCCGGCUUUGCCCAACAUAAACAAAAUUCACGUCAAGGGUAUGCUUUUGACCAGUGGCGUAGCAAGGAUUUGUGUCACCUGGUGCGGUAAACUCAUUGUGUCACCCCCCCCCCCCACAGGGACUUCCACGAUGGAUUUCUUCUGGUUAAAAUAAGUCCACCGUAUAACAAUGACAAGAACAAAACAUGUUACAUGUGGUAAAUUAUAGAUUUUUUUUGUUGAUUUUUUUCUUUUUAAAAAAAAAUUAAAUGAAAAUUCGUCAGUUAAAGAAAAUCAUCUGAAUUUCUAAAAUCCACUCCACGGUGGGAACACUAUCAUUUUAAUUUAGGGUAGGCCGCCAGACAGUUAGGGCGUGGGUGGCUACUGAACGACAACGGUGCAGGUUCACCCCUCACCAGAAAUUGUUUUAGAAAUUCAUAAUCAAGGGGUGCAGUUUGGCGUAGGUAGGCAUGUACCUGAAUUCAAUGUUUCUUUCAUAGUGUUUGAUCCAGGUAGGGGACACGUCAGAGGUCCAUGGCAUUUAAUAGAGCACACAUUCGGGUUACGGGCAUCCGGUGCCAGACACAAUAUUUGAUGUCUCUCCGGUUGUGACGCAUCACGUGGUAUUCUAUUGGCACCAGCUUAGUUUCGCUCCGGUACUGUCACAUUGAUCGGCAUGGGGGGUAGGGGUGAAUCAGCAAUCAAGGGUGAUGAAGGCUCCCGCGCGAAUGCGAUGCAGGGGGUUGGGAGAGGGGCAUUGAGACCUUUCCUAGAAACGUUUUGAUAGCUUGGAAAUGCAAUGAUUUAUUUUUGUGGACACCUACAUUUAGUUUUGCAUCAUUCCGCACUUAACUGGAGAUCAACAAUAUGUGGGGCGUCUCUCGACCUCGUUACGUUUAUGCAAAAACGACAUUUUAAGUUGUUACGAAAUUGUAUUGUUUUAGUAGAAUAUAUUUGAUUAAACUAUUUAUUUUGUUGAAUUUCUUCAUUAAUAUACAUAAAUUAAUAAAAUAUAUAAAUACUAAGGCUUAACUGGUUUAUUGGGUGCAAUUUUUACACGUACAAUGGGUAUCUUUUGUAACAAUUGGAAUCACCGUGCCGUAUAUUAGCAGUUAAUUUCUCAUUUUCUAUAAUAUGGAAGGAAAUCUAAAGCCCUAUAUCGGUGUGAGAGUGUAUUGCCUUCUUCUACCGUUUGUGUUAAGAAAUAACCCACUGAUAGGAACAGAUAGUUGCCGGAUCCCGGAAAAGAGAUGACGUUUUAAAAAAAAAAAAACAACUUGUCAACAGAUAAGAUAAUGUCGUUAAGUUUGUAACAGACUUAGGAAAGAACAGUCACAGUGUGGUGAAAAUAGCAUUACCUUCCUGUACCAGGCUACGGAAAAGACUAACAGACGCACACAUUCCCAUAGGGAAAUAGACAGCUCAUGACCCAGUUGUAUAUAGUGUGCCACGCCAGAACAAUGAUGUGACAUUUAAAAAAAAAAAAAUCCUUUCUUAAGAAAAAGAAAUCACCCUAUUUAUCGCGUUUAGAAAUUAUGCAUGGAGCUUGCUGUGUGACAGAGGAGUACGAACAAUAACAAUACCGAAUAAUAGUCGCCUCCACCUAAACAAAACAAAACAUAAAUCUUCCUAUUUACCGGAGUUCAGACGUCACUUGCAUGAGGCUCACUGCGUGACAGCCUUUCGUCCCACUGGGUACUAUUAAUAUUAAAAAAUGUGGUUUUGAGUGUGUGGGGUUUGAUGAUGAAGAAGGUGGCAGUAGAAGAAAAAUAUAAUAAGUUAUAAUUAAGUUAAGAAUCUAAGAAGGUGGUUAAAAAAAAAUAUAAAAAGAAGUGCGUCAGCCGGGAAUCGAACCCGGAUCGACUGCUUGGAAGGCAACCAUGCUAACCUUUACACCACCGACGCUACGUUAAUCUCAGAAAUAUGUACAAAUAUAAUAUUAGUUUUUAAAGACAAUGCAUUAACAAUUUUAGAAAUGCGUGUCAGAAUUUUGUUAACAUUCAAAUAAAAUCAUUAUUUUCAUAUUGAUUUUGCAACACUCUUAUUUCAAAGUAAAUUUUCCAGAUCUCCCAGUUAAGUCUUGCAUUCUGUUAAAGAAAAGAUGUCACAAAACUUAAACGUCACUUCCCGUAACAUUGAAAAUGGCGUCAAACUCCAACAAUGUUUAUUCUCUCGGUAUGUUAUUAAUAAACAUUUCUUAAUAAUUUAUUUUUAUGACUUACACUUUUCUAAAAUAGUUAAGUGUAAAUAUUUAGAUUUUAUUUUUUAAAUUAGUUAUACCAUGAAUUUCAAGUUUAAAUAUCAUUUCAUUACACUAAUUGUCGGUAUCCAAGCACGCCACCACACGCCCGGUACUUUCGGUGGUAUUAAUAAUACCCAAUUAUUUAUAAAUUUAAAGUAAACAAAAGAUAUAAAAUUGAACAGACAUCACCAGAAUUCUGGUUCUACACUAAUACAAUAGAAAGUUAACUAAACAUAGAACAAGGCGAAAUUUUAAAAUUAAUGAAGAGUAUUUCGUUCUGCAUAUGUAUUGUAGUAUUGUAGGCAUUGUUAUUGUUUUUUGUAGGCUACCCUGUUAAAAAGAAGAAAUGACAAACUAAAACACAAAUUAAGUUAAUACUAAUCUAUAUUUACAUGAGAAUAUAAUGACUAUAUUAACUAUAUUAUAAACAUGAUCACAGUAAUUGAUUUUAUUAAGGGGCUGGCAGAGUAAAAAAUGUCUUGUCCAAUGUAAUAUGCUAUGAUGAUAGUAUAAGUAAUGCAUACUUUAACUUAACUAAGCCUAAUUCAUUAUAAUUAUAUAAUUAAUAACGAAGUGGAUGCCUACACCGAGGCGGUGUACCUAGCGAAACCAUCGGCUUUGGCCUGCGUAAACCGUGGCGGUGUAUCUAGCAAAAUCAUGGGCUUUGGCCUGGGUACACCGCUGCAAAAAUGUAGGGGUAAUAAGGGGAGAGACUGCAAUCAGGUUAGUACAAAAUAAAAUGAGUAAAACAGAGUAUGGUUAAACCUGAAAAAUUAAACGCAACAAAACAGCGAACGUGUCGGCAGAAAGCCUUCGUCAGCGAACAAAACAACAGAAAAAACGUUAUAAAAAUAAGAAAUAGCACUUAGCUGGUAAGUAGUAUCUGUGGGCAGCAAUAGAAGUGUGGCAGAAGGAAAAUGAGUGAGAGUUUAAAUAAGCAGCGGCGAAAAAAAGGGGGGAGAAAAAAGUUCACUGUGAUAGGUCAGAACGUGGAGGGGCGGAGCUAGGGUCAAGCUGUGAACAGAGACAUAACAUUAAUCCCAUCUGGCGUCAAAGUGCCGUAAGUCAGGAUAAGUCUGUGUUCCAAAUUGACCCGGCUGGCGGUGUUAGUGCUAGCCACAAUCGCACUUAUUGAAAAGUCCGCCUUGCCCCGGUGGUCGCUACUAUUGAAGUGUUUGGAGACGGGACACUGUUUAUCUUGUGUAAUGUUUCGGAGGUGUUCGGUACACCUGUCCGAGAGACGGCGUCCAGUCUCCCCUAUGUAUGUCAUCUGACAGCGGGUGCAGACAAUGGCGUAGAUAACGUUGCGGCUUGUACAGAGGAAACCGUCGCGUAUCUGAAAACUGCCCUUGGGGAAACGUAUGCGUUCAGUCUGGACGACAAAAGGGCACGUGUUGCAACGACUGCGUCCACACGGCUUGGUCCCAAAGUGGGAGGGGGGAGCAUUGAUACGACUGCGUACAAGCAGGUCUCUCAGAUUUUUAUCCCGUCUGAAAACAAUGAGAGGUGGGGAAGAGAAAAUUUCUCGUGUGUCGGUGUCUGCGAGUAGUAUAGAUCGAUGUUUAAGGAAAACACGUUUAGCAAUCAGAUUGUGAGGGUGAUAAGUUAAAAUGAGUUUUGUCCUGUCAACAUUGUCGCUCAGACGUGGUCUGAAGGCAUCAGCACGUGUAAUAUUCUUAACCCUUUGGAGGGCUGAUGAAAGUACUGUCUCCGGGUAAGACCUACACCGGAAAAAGUCUAUCAUUUCAAGUGCCUUGUCCCAAAAGUCCUCAUCCGACCGACAAAGUCGACGAAGACGAAGUAAUUGAGAGAAAGGAAUAGAGUCCUUACAGGAUUUAGGGUGGGAUGAAGAGUAGAGUAGAUAGCUAUGGCUGUCAGUGGGCUUAAAGUAGGCAGAGGUGUGUAGGGUGUCUUUGUGAAGAGUGACUGUAAUGUCUAAGAAAUUGACUGAGGUCUCAGAGAUAAGAGAUGUGAAUUUAAUGGAGGGGUGAAAGGAGCCUACAAAGUUAAUGAACAGGUCAAGUUCACUCCUCUCCAUAGUGGUGACCCCUAUACCAUCAUCUAUGUACCUCUUAUAGAAUUCAGGGAGGCGUCCAGUAUAGCUGCUUUCGACCAAGUGUUCGAAAUGCCCCAUGAACAAGCAAGCAUAGCUGGGUCCCAUUUUAGUCCCCAUAGCAACACCACUGAUUUGGUCAAAGAAUUGGCCACCAAACUCAAACGAAUUGAGGGUGAGGACUAGUUCAGCCAAUCUGAGGAGGGUGUUGGUGGGUAUAGAUGGGUGGGGUCUAGUCUCGAGAAAGAAUUUGAGAGCUAAGAGACCGUCAGUGUGGGGGAUGGAAGUGUAUAGAGAACAUACAUCAAGAAGAAAUAGAUGAUGUUUCUUUUCAGGAGGGAUUAUGAUGGAUUCAAAGGUUUGAAGAGCAUGGUUGGUGUCCUUAAUGUAAGUAGGCAGUGAGGCAACGAUGGGUUGAAAAACUCCAUCAAGGAAUUCCGAGAUAUGUUCGGUGGGGCAAGAGCAUGCUGAGACAAUGGGUCUGCCAGGGUUACCAUACUUAUGAAUUUUGGGAAGUAGGUAGAAGCAUGGCUUACCGAGGUCACUAUCGAAGAUGUGUAGGGCAGAGGCCGAUUUGGGGAGCGCUGAUUCUGCAAUCAUUUUCUUGAUAGUCCCUUUCACCAUGUCGUUAUGUUUGGUGAUAGGGUUGUUGGUCCUCGGUUGGUAGAACUGGCUGUCUUCUAGUUGCCUAUGAGCCUCCUUGAUGUACAGAUCUCUGUCCCACACCACAACAGCUCCCCCCUUAUCAGCUGGUUUGAUGACGAUAUCUUUCCGACUGCGCAGCUUAGAGAGUGCGAGUGAUUCUCUUUUAGAAAGAUUGGAUUUCCGGAGUGGAGGUAAAGAGAGGUUCUUGAUGUCAUGUUCCGUGCUCUUUAUAUAUAAGUCUAAAGCUUUAGAUUGAUUAGAAGGUGGUGUCCAAGUAGAUUUGCGUUCCCUAUGAAAUGGAAAAAUCUCGUCUUCGGGGAGGUCGGUACUUUUCCCACCGAAGUGAAACUGAAGCCUCAAGGAACGAAAGUAGCGGUGGGAAUCCGAAAGAAGUAGAUAUCGGUCGCAAGAUGGUUUCAGAGGAAUAAAUUUGAGACCCUUAGAAAGUAGCGACCUUUCGUCAUCAGAGAGUGGAAGUUCAGGGGGGAUGCACACGACUAAGUUGUUGCCUGUGACAGUAGGAUGAGGUGUAGAGUUGUUAGUGGGCCUAAGAUUGUCGAGUUUUUUCUUUUUGUUGGAAGAAAGGAAGCGGUAUAGUUCCCGAUUCAGUUGGUGAAUAAUAGUUCUAAUAAGGUCAUACAAUAGGCGGUUAUUAGAGGUCUUAGAAAGGCAAAAAUGUACCAUUGGGCUUGUUUUAAGAUAUAUGCUUGUUAGAGAAGAUCUUGCGUGGUCAAGUGGUAGAGUGGACGCUUGACGAUAAUAUAUUUUGAGAUCAAUUCCCAGUAGGGGAUCGAGUUUUUUUUCCUCCCAUUUUAGUUUUAAUAUGUUUUGUAGCAUUUUAAACAAUUUAAAUAUAUGUUUAAAUAUUAUAUUAAAUACACUUAUAUAUAUAUAUAUUAAGUGUUUCAACAAGUUGUGCAGGCCUUUGACUUUGAAAAUACCGGUAAAUUUAGUAAUAAGAUAUUAGACAUUAGAAAACAAACUUAAAGUUUCUGAAAGCGCGUGUAAUGUAUAGUAGGGGUGUGCCGGAUCCGUUUUUUCCAACCAGAUCCGGAUCCGGAUUUUCUUAUGCAAAAUCCGCCGGAUCCGGAUUCUGGAAUAAUCCGGAUUCCGGUUUCUCCCGGAUUCCGGAUUUUGGUACUAUUGAUAGAUACUUCGGUAAGUCAAGGUAGACUACUACUUUUUGUGUAUGGGAAUUCGGCGCCAAAAAAUCCGAGUUUUUAAUUUUCCGAUGUGUGUGUCUAUUUAUUAUUAAAUUAGUACUUUCGAUAUAUAUUUGAGUUCCGUUCCAUUUGGAUAAGUGUCUUACGAGAGACGCCAUGUUUCUACGCGUUCGCAGCAGGUCAUGCAGCUCGCUCAACCUAAUUUCGCCAUGGGGUUGGCCACGCCCCCCUUUUUAAUGGCGGAAGUUGACGAUACUUAGGAAAUAUUAAUUUGUUAUCACUAUUUACAUCAAAAUAAUUGAUAACUUGUGUUUCAGAAUGCAUUUUAAAGACAUUUAAACUGGAAUGUUUUAAUUUGAGCUUUAACAACCCGGUAGAAUCCAUAUUAUAAAUGAUCAGAAUUUACCGUGUGCAACACGUUGUCAUUGGCAACCAUUCACAGCCACUUGCAUAACUGUAUCGUAGUACUACCUCAGAGUUUCAUUCAUAAGAGUUUGCCGUGUGCAAAAACUAUUAAACCAUUGGUCAGGGAAAGCUUUAAUUAAUUAUUCAUGUGCCAAAGUUGAAAGUUUAAACUAAGUCUAAACAGUAUUUUAGUGAUAAGGCAGGGAAUGCGUUGCCUUAUAUAAACUAUAUAGUCAUUGCGCAUGACGGGAUUGGUGGAAUGAGAUCACAGAAUGUGGAGAUGCAGUCCAUGUUAAAAAAUGACAAACCAAGUCGUACUUUAAAAAUUCAUAACUUUAAAACUACAACAGCUAAAAAUAUGAUUUUGGUGUUAUAAUUCUUUAAAAAAUUACAUCUUUUCAACUAUGCCAUUGGUUUAUUUUUACAAAAAGUUUAAAUUUUCUUAUCAAAGUCCCUACACUAUUGGCCACUAUUAGCGGUGCUGACUCUAGCCUCUGGUAUGUACGGAAUAUUAAACAUUAAACAAGCUCAACGCUCGAAACAAUCGAUUAAUGUAUCGUGAUCGUGUGGAAUUCGGGAAAGAGAAUUACUUUUAUUUCAGAUUAUGAUCCGGUGAGUCACAAAAUCUGGCAAAUUCCGAAAUCCGGUAUAUUCCGGAUUCCGGUUGUUCCGGAUACAUGUAAAUCCGGCCGAACCGGAUUUCACCGGAUAGUGCAAAAUCCGGCGGAACCGGAUUCCGGACCGGAUUCCGGCACACCCCUAAUGUAUAGUGUAUGUAACAUGUAUGAGAGAAACAUUAUGAAUACUAAGUGAUAUUGUAUUGUAUUUCAACAUUCUUCAUGUAGUUGAAUAUUUACAUUUUACUUUUACGAACACCCAAAGAAAAUACCACUAUAUCAUUAAUAUCAUAUGACUACGAAUAUUAAUGUCAUUAUUGUGCAUGGUCGUAUUUCAACCUUGAACCAUCUUGCUUUCACUAUGCCUUAUGCAUUGGCAAAAUGUACACACAAUAUCAAAGGUUCAUUCACAACACUCAGUCUCACAGCAAAUCUUUUGAAAAUACCUCGAUUUUAGAAACUUACGGAGCGGUAGCAAACUGUAUAGCAAAGCCAUAGGCAUAGGUAUGCGUCUACCCCUUUCAUGAAGGAAUUUGUUUCCAGAAUGACAUGGCAUGUGCUCUGGGUAAAACACAACAUUUUCUCACAGAAACCAUUGCACAAUGGGCUUGGGACAGGAUUUGCGCUAUGUCAAAGUUUUUUUAUUUGCUGUUUUUUUGUUGAGAAAUCGAUCCUUGCCCGGGGUUGGGGUGGAGGUGAGUUAUGGGCAGAGGCUUAACCAAAAAGGGGACCUUCACAAAUCACGGCUCUGGAUAGGGGUUGUCCACAAAGGACGUCCGCACAACAAACUUAACUUUUGCACCCCCCCUCCGCCGGCAUUUUUUACUAAUGUGUAAUGCCAAUGUAAAACAAAAUCCAUGAUGUUUAAUUAUUGUUAAAAGACUUUUAAAAAUCACUGCAGUGUUUCGUAUUCAUCAUCAUACUAUUGUUUUGUGUUGACACACGCUUGGUAUCACAGUGACAAUGCCUUGGACAACUUUAACUUCAUGACUUCAUGAUCAAUAUAUGUGAUUCUCUUCCCGUAAUGUAUUUGUGGCGUAAUUAUAUCUUGGUGCUAACAAAAUAGAUUCACUGGCUUCCCAUUCAUUUUUACACCACGCCCCGAAGGAUCACAUACAAUGUUAUAUUUAUUAGGGCCCCCCCCCAACAAAAAACAACAACAACUGGGUGGGGGGGGGGAGAGAAUAAUUUCAAAUUAGCUACCCUUUUUAUGCCUAUUAAGAUUCAUGAUCAUAUGAUAAAACCUACAACAAUUAAUAAAUAUAUUUGUAUUUCAAUAUAUUGGGGGGGGGGGAAUAAAGUGGUUAACUUUAAAAAUAAAUCAUUGUUUAACUUUUAACAUUACACCCCCCCCCCCCUCCCUUCAAAAAAAUAACUACAACAAUUAAUAAAUAUAUUUGUAUUUCAAUAUAUUGGGGGGGGGGGAAUAAAGUGGUUAACUUUAAAAAUAAAUCAUUGUUUAACUUUUAACAUUACACCCCCCGCCCCCUCCCUUCCAAAAAAUAAUAAGAAAUGCUUUACAAGUACUUUGCCACAUAAGCGUGGAACUUAAUCAAUAUCUUCCCAGGGUGCUAAACGAUUUUUAAAUAAAUAGUUUUCAGUUUUAACAAGAGUAUAACAUUAAAUCUACAAGUACAGGUUAGGCCAAAAAGUUAAAGACUCGCAAAGACCAUAGUUUUGCUACUUAAAAUCGCUGCGGUGUACGCAGGCCACAGACCAUGAUUUAGCUAGGUACACCGCUGCGGUGUACGCAGGCCAAAAUCAAUAGUUUCGCUAGGUACACUGCCGCGGUGUACGUAGUGCCGGCCAAUUAAUAAUUUUUAUAACAUUAUAUAAUUUAAUUAUGUAUUCAUAUUCAAGGUGAUCAUGACAGUGAAAUGGAAAUGGAUUUUACUCAUGAAGGGGAAGCUGAUGAAGAUUUGGCCAUGGGAUCGUAAGUUAUUAUGUUAAACUUUAGGAUUUUUUUAAAUUGAACUAGAAUUAGAAUGUCCUUAAAAAAUUCUUCUUCUCACUGAUUCUCACUCAGUCUGUAAGUAAUAUACGAAUGCCCCUGAAAUCUUCUUAAAUCAUUUUCAUUUAUUAUUCAUGUAUUGUUCUGUUUGAUUUCUGUUACAUAUUUCAUCUUUUUUUUUCUCUGCAAUUUGCUAAAGAAGUGCUAUCUUUAUUUGUUAAAAAAAAAUCAAGAUUAAUUGUAAAAUGAUUAGGGCUAAUUCCAGUGACCAGUGUGCAUUUUGAGACAAAGGUUUAAUUUAAUAAUAAAUGUUAAUUUCCUUGAAUUUUUCUAUGCUGAAAGUAAAUUAAAUUAUUUUACGGCAAUAUUUAAUUUGUAUUUGGAUGUAAGGAAACUUUUCUGAAGCAGAGUUAUUCAGGAUUUAUUUUAAUAAUAGAAAAUAACAUUUCCAUGGUCCAUAAGCAACAAAAUAAAAUAAGGGGAAAUAAAUUUGAAGAAAUCUAUAGGGGAGGUUUUGGUCCCAUUUGAUUUAUGUUUUUGUUUUGAGAAUACACAUAUUAGGUAUCCUAAGUUAAAUGGUUGAAAGCUUCAUAUAGAAGGAACAGGUAAUCAGAUCCAGUUGUCAUUCCAACAUUUAGUUCAGAUCUGAACAAGGAACUGGCGUUCCCUUGAAAUAUUUUAAACAUUACUUUAGGUUCAAAUCAGAUAUAGCUUUAAAAAAACAACUUAAUUAAUGUAAUUUCUAUUUAAGCUCGACCAAAGAUGUCCUUUUUGACUCAGUCAUUGGUCACAUUGAAGAUAUUAUAAUGGGUGAGUGCAUUAGUAAAAUAUGGUUCAUAGUUACAGUUAUGUAAACUGAUUUAUUGAUGGGCUUUAAAGGUACGUCAUGCUGCAGAUCGUCAAUGAGAUUUCCAGCUGGCUAACUUUUGACUUAUGAAAAGCAAAAUUUUUGUAACAAUGAGCUACUUUCUGGACAAAAAAAACCCAGGGCCAACAGGUGUUAUUUUCAUGGUUUUGUUAAAAUUUGGGGUAUGUUGUCUGCUGGCAAUGUAUAAGCACAAUACUGUCAUUUCAUAUUUUCAUCAGCUGACAGGGUUUGUUUACAAACUAUAGUAGUUUUGGAUAAUAGCCAUACCAGUUUGAACAUUUAAAAUUCGUGAAAAAAAAUUCAAGUUUGAUUUUACUGGAGUGGUCAAAACAAAGUAAUAUUAAAAAAAAAACUAUGGCUACUUAUUAAAAAAAAAAAAAUGCAAUUGAUUAAAAAAUGUAAAAAAAAACAUGUUUUUUCCUCUACAUGAUUGGUUAAUUACUUUAAUGCGAAGAUUAUCCUAAAUUGGUUCUAAUAAAUUAAGUUUGUGCUUUACUAUACCCACUUCCCCGCCACCCACAUAUGACUAUUUAACAGUUAUAUCAGGAUUACCAGUAUCGGGUACAUUCAUUCAAUUUUUUUACUGUGCAAAUUGAAAAGAAAAAAGCCAUAUUUAUUAAUUUAGAAAGUCAAAUGAAGCUGCAGGUUGCUGACCACUGGGCUAGCACAUAAGUGUAAACAAAAGUUCUGCUAUAUAAGCCAUAGUUGUGCCUGUUGUGUGUGAAUACUAAUGGGAUAUCUAUGUCAGUAACAAGUUCCUGGAGAUUGCAAUCAUCAACAAACAGCAGUGGAGUUUCAACAUUGCUUUAUCACUGAGAUUUGUGACUGAAACAAAUCUACAGUGUUAACAUACCUUAAGAAUAAAAACUUUAAGAUACAUAGAUUGUCUUUCAUAUAGUACCUAUUGAUAGUUUUAAAAAUAAUUACAGAUUAAAUUCAUACAUAAUUUCUACACUUUAUUUAAAUUAGAAAAGCAUACUUUUUUACCUCUAAUAACUUUUUUAAAGAAAUUCUUAUGAAAAUCUCAUUUAAAUUGGACUUGUACUGAAAACAUGUUUUGCUUAUGAGCAUAAUUAAUUCUUACAAAAAGAUUGAAAAUAAAUCCCAAGGCCUCCCUGCUUAACACGAAUUCAGUUUUUGUGUGUGAGAUGGCUUCAGUUUAGAAUGUGCAACCAAUAUGAAAUUACUUCAUUCUGGUCACUUAGGUUGAUUCAAUUUUUAGUUGAAGAAUUUAUUUGAAUACAUGAAUUGUUUUGAUAUUUAAAUUUCAGAGGAACCCUUCCAAAUCAUUCAAACGAGUUUCUUAGAAAAAUACUACAAAGAGUUUGAUGACUCCGAAGAGAAUAAGUUUUGCUACACAGAUAUCCACAAGGAAUACGUAAGUUAAAUAAUGGGUGAUGGGUCAGAUGAUGACAUUUUGGUAUCUUUUAAUUUUUCAGCAUUGGCUGCACCUGAUUGUCAUGAGAAAAAACAGUUUAAACAAUUAACACUUUUGUAAAAUAUUCUGUCUAAAAUUAUGAUUAUUGUAAGAACGUUUUAUUUAGUUCUCACUCAGGAAAAAAGAGAGGUUAGCACCAUGAUCGACUUACAACAACAAAAUGGUGUUAACUCCCUUCCAUAAUUCCUAGUUUCAGUCCAUGAGAAAUACAUCUAUUUUGUUAACUUAAAAGGGCUUUUUCAUAAGGAGUGGCCACAAAUGAAAUAAUAUUAUAAAGAUAAAACAUCGUCAAUCCCUUGAUGUGUUUUUUUUUUAAGCCGAUUUAUCAGAACACAGGAGUUAAAGAGUUAAUGUCCUUUAAAUUUUACCCUGGCUGCCUCUUGCACCACCAAUUUUUUAUGGGGCAAACAUUUGUAUAAAUGAUUAUCAUUUAAGCUGCUGUAAUUCAUUUUUUUAAAGAAUCAUCUCCGUAUUGUAUGAGCCAUGCUUGCUUGGUUCAAUUUGAUUUCUGGUAUUUUGUAACAUUUAUUGGAUAGAUUUCUAUAUAAAUUAACCAUACUCCCAGAUUUCAGUUAUAGAGUCCUAUCUUGAAAUUGAGUUGAAGAAAAGGAUGUCUGAUUUCUCUAUGGUAGAGUUCACACAGCAGUUAAGGUGAGUUUUGUUUUAUUUCUUAUUCAGUAAUGCUUUACUGCUGUCUCACUCUCAGUCAUCAAAGUUGAUAUGGUUUAUUCUAGCUAUUGCUGAUAUUGUGUGUGUAUACAGUUGUCUCUUGCCUUAUCACGGUUCAUUUUUUGUUGUCUCUCUGUAUCUCUGCUUUUUACUUGUAUAUAUCCCUAUUUAUAAACUGGGGAGUACCCAUAUAUAAAUUGUUUAUGUUUUAAAAAAAAACGGUAGGUUAAAGAGUGUAGAAAGUGUUAAGAGCAUUGGAAGCGUUUACAAGGGCGUGGGGAAGGAUACGAACAGAGUGGGAAAGGAUAAGAACAGAGUGGGAAAGGAUAAGAACAGAGUGGGAAAGGAUAAGAACAGAGUGGGGAAGGAUACGAACAGAGUGGGAAAGGAUAAGAACAGAGUGGGAAAGGAUAAGAACAGAGUGGGAAAGGAUAAGAACAGAGUGGGAAAGGAUAAGAACAGAGUGGGAAAGGAUACGAACAGUGUGGGGAAGGAUACGAACAGAGUGGGAAAGGAUAAGAACAGAGUGGGAAAGGAUACGAACAGUGUGGGGAAGGAUACGAACAGAGUGGGAAAGGAUAAGAACAGAGUUGGAAAGGAUACGAACAGUGUGGGGAAGGAUAAGAACAGAGUGGGGAAGGAUAAGAACAGCGUGGGAAAGGAUACGAACAGUGUGGGGAAAGAUACGAACAGAGUGGGAAAGGAUAAGAACAGAGUGGGAAAGGAUAAGAACAGAGUGGGAAAGGAUAAGAACAGAGUGGGAAAGGAUAAGAACAGAGUGGGAAAGGAUAAGAACAGAGUGGGAAAGGAUAAGAACAGAGUGGGAAAGGAUACGAACAGUGUGGGGAAGGAUAAAAACAGAGUGGGGAAGGAUAAGAACAUCGUGGGAAAGGAUAUGAACAGUGUGGGGAAGGAUACGAACAGCAUGGGGAAGGAUAAGAACAGAGUGGGAAAGGAUAAGAACAGAGUGGGAAAGGAUAAGAACAGAGUGGGAAAGGAUACAAACAGUGUGGGGAAGGAUACGAACAGAGUGGGAAAGGAUAAGAACAGAGUGGGAAAGGAUACGAACAGUGUGGGGAAGGAUAAGAACAGAGUGGGGAAGGAUAAGAACAGAGUGGGGAAGGAUAAGAACAGCGUGGGAAAGGAUACGAACAGCGUGGGGAAGGAUAAGAACAGAGUGGGGAAGGAUAAGAACAGAGUGGGAAAGGAUAAGAACAGAGUGGGAAAGGAUACGAACAGUGUGGGGAAGGAUAAGAACAGAGUGGGGAAGGAUAAGAACAGAGUGGGAAAGGAUAUGAACAGUGUGGGGAAGGAUAAGAACAGCGUGGGGAAGGAUAAGAACAGAGUGGGAAAGGAUAAGAACAGAGUGGGAAAGGAUACGAACAGAGUGGGAAAGGAUAAGAACAGAGUGGGAAAGGAUACGAACAGUGUGGGGAAGGAUAAGAACAGAGUGGGGAAGGAUAAGAACAGAGUGGGAAAGGAUAAGAACAGCGUGGGAAAGGAUACGAACAGCGUGGGGAAGGAUACGAACAGAGUGGGAAAGGAUAAGAACAGAGUUGGAAAGGAUACGAACAGUGUGGGGAAGGAUACGAACAGUGUGGGGAAGGAUAUGAACAGAGUGGGAAAGGAUAAGAACAGAGUGGGAAAGGAUAAGAACAGCGUGGGAAAGGAAAUAAUUUUUUAUUUGACACUUGGUGCCCUCCAAUGUAUUGAACACAUCUGUGUUGAAUAAAAACCCAAUUUAACAGAAAGCAACUGUUCUAUGCUUUGUCGCAGUCUUUACAUUAUCCCUUCUGCUCUUCAACUUUAAGGGACAGAAAGCAGGAGUUAGAAGGAGAAAUUUUUGAGAUACUGCUGACAUUUAGUGACUUCAUGGCCUUUAAAGAGAUGCUUCUAGACUACAAAACAGUAAGUUGCUUUAAAAAAACAAAACAAACAACCUUGGAAGGAAUAAAAAAAUCAGUUUUAAUGAAGAAAAUUUAACUAUUUUAACUAUAAUAUUGUAAAAAGAUAUGCUGAGCACUAAAACAAUUGUUGAUGAAAAAGGUAAUUUUUAGUAGUAAAUCCAAAGUUUGAACACUAAAAAAAACUUGUUUUUGUCUGCUACAACUACAGGAGACAUGAGCUUUACAACACUAUGAUUUUAUGUUCACUUUGUUUUUUAAUUGAGUUUUACAACAUAAAAAAACCCUGACCUUUCAAAACAAUAGAUAAUUAUUCUUUAAUUAAAAAAAAAAAAAGAAAGAUUUUGACAUAAAUGUUUAAUAGUUUCUAAUAUCUGGUCUCCCAACAUAUUUUCUCUAUCAUGUAUUCAUGUAUUAAUUUGUUGUUGUAUAGGAGAAAGAGGGCAACACAAUUGAUCUAAGCGGAGGACUCACUGUUGUUCCUGUUAAAGACAAGCUCAACCUAGAUGACGCAUUCUGCAUUUCUGGGAAGUCCCUCAAAGGGCCAUAACUUGUUUGUUGAAUGGUGCUGCUCAGUACAAAUGUUGUUAAAUACUCUGGCUAGUCUCAAAUGGAAGAGAAAUAAAGUUGUGACGGAACACAGUUGUGACAGAACAUGUAGGCUUUAUGAUGGAGUGGCAGUUUGUUUAAAAAGUUGUUCCGGUCUUAAUAUGAAUUAUAAAUCAAAGCCAGACCCCCACCCCUUCCUUACCCACUGGUGUUAAACAACACAUUGUGUUCAAAAUUUGUAACUCCACAGUCGUUGUGUUUUGAGGUUAAAAUUUAUUGAAGCAAACAAUAAGGGCAGUACCCUCAAUUAACAUCUGUACGAGUGGAGGACUCAGUUAAAUUAGUAUCAGCCUCAGAUAAAUUAUCACAAAUUCAUUGUUUAAAAUAAGAAAUCAUUUUAGCUAAGAUAGCAGAGCAUGUAUAAUUAAUUUCAUUAAUUUCUUUUUAACCUUGUCUGCAAAGUACUCAAUCAUUGUCCAAUAUCAUUUUUCUGACCGUGGGACUGUGUUUAGAAGAAGAUUUAUUUUUGACUUAACAAAAAAUUGCUGAAUGUUUGGCCUUGAGGUUUUGCUCAGCAGAGACCUUAAAGAACAUCUUAGAUGGGAAUACUAUAUUUUAAGUCACAAAAAUCCAUCACUUUCUCUUAUGAAAUGCAUUAUAGUUAUAGAUUUUGUGGUGAGACAGAACAAUUGUUAAUAUAAACAAAAAGAAUCAGAGCAAGCCAGUGAUUAGUCAAGUGGGUAUUAUCAUCUAAGAGUAGUUUUUAUUGUGACAUGUUCAAAUGAAAUUUAAAAGAAAAGGGGAAAAGCAUUUUAUGAUAAAGAAGAAGUUGCGCCAGUUUAGAAUAAAUGAAAAACAAAACACUGAGAAAAAUACUUGUCGUGUUUUACUUAUUCCAAUGACUUGCUGACGGAAGGCACAUUUGUUUGGUCCUAUUUAUCUGUUUGCUUUGCCUUUUAAAUUAUUCAACACUGAGUUUUAAAAGCCUUGAGAUGAAUAUAUUUAGGUGUAUAUUUUCAUACAUCAAAGAUUUAUCAUUUUGUACAUAUUUAUAUUGAUUUCAGUUGAUCUUGCUAUGAAAAAAUGUCACCUUGUACAGACACUUCUGGCGAUUAAUUUAGGUUCUGUUUAAAUAAAUCCAUUAUGCCAAUUUGCAAUAAAUGUCUGAGUGAAUAUUAUUUGAUUGUUGUGUGCCUGUGUGAAAAUUCAUUGUUUUGUUUCAGAGAAUAAUUUUUAAUUUGUGAUCAAUUUUUAAAAAAAUGAUGCCAUUAACUAAAAACACUUGAUCCGUUCCACAAUUGAUUUUUUUAUAACCUGAUUUUCUAUAUACAAGUUACGAAUCGUCACAAAAAAAAAAUUUCACCUUUGUAAAAUAAAAACUCGACCAUUUUCAUUUUUCUUACAAAUGUAAUUCUGUUAUCCAACCUGUUUUACCAAAGAUGUCGGUAGAUUGAUAACAGCUGACCAAAGGAGUGCAUUCACCGGGACUACAGAUUUUUCAUUUCUACAGCUGUUAUCUCAAAAUGUGUUUUUAGGGCAUGUGUAAAUGAGUGCUUCAUGAAGUAAAGGUGCAUAGUGAAUUUCUCCCUUUUGAGAGGUCACUACAUAGCUGUUAGAAGAGUGUGGAUAGCAGGCAUCUCAUGUUUUCACCUUGUCCAAGUUGUUCCAUGCCAAACUGUGUUGUGAAGUUAUUAUUAUCACCAGAUGUCUCAGUCAUGUUAAGCAAUUUCAAAAUAAAUGAACAUUAAAAA